AUGGAUUAAACAAAUCAUGAAAUACUUGAAUUAAAAAUGGCAUUUUUAACUUGUAUGAAGAAUAGUAAAUAUUAAGAAGCACAUUUAAUCAUACAAAAAAGUAAGAUAAUAAACAUAAUUAAAGUAUUGAAGAUUGAUCCUAACAAUCCAUUAAUUGGUAAAUGCAAUAAAUUUUUGACUGAAUUCAAGUUUAAAUUGGAGGAAAAAGAAAAAGAAUUGAAAGAAGAAGAAGAAGAUGAUGAAGAUGAAGAUGAUAUAGAAUAAUAAUAAUAAGCAGAAGAUGAUGAAUCUGAUGGAGUGGAUCCAAAUGAUAUACCUGAUUUAGAAGAAGAAUUAGGAAUAUAACAUAAUGAAGUAGAAAUAUAAGAAAGGAAAAAGCGAUUAUUUCAAUUAUUAUAAAAUGUUGAUGCUGGAGAUAAAGAAGCAGUUUUGGAUGCAAUAAAAAAAUCAAAAUAAUAAAAAUGAUU